ACUUGGAUUCACUGUUUGUAAAAACAACAAAAAAAUUUCCUACUUCGAUUUAGAUUUGUUCUAAAUUACACUAAAGAAACCGAAAAUUGAAAUUGGUUCAGGUGAGAAGGUGCCUAUACGAUAACUUUUAAAAAGGAUAGUACAACGUACACAAAAGACAAGGCGGUUGUUUUCUGUUUUUGAUCAACAAUGUUUACAUCUGGUUUCCCCAUAAUACCUCCUAAUUCCAACAACCCUGUGGUAUCUGCUGCUCUCAACAGUUGGAACCAACAUCCACCAGAAUCUAUGCCCUGGAGUUCUUUGCCACAUCAUAGAGUUACAAGAUUUUCAGGUGAAUUAGAUGCACAAGAACCAUGUGCUGCACAAACUGAGUCAUUAUCAGCAUGGAAUACCCUCCAAGACAACUGGAAACUGAUACCUCUUCCCUCACCCCUUAAACGGAAAAUUGAUGAACCAAGUGAAGAGCAAGUUAGAAAACAGCUGAUUACUGAGGAUAAGAUUUCAGCUCACUUGAGUCAACUUCAAAUAUGUUCCUCCACGUCAGAACAACCAAGAUUAGAUGCAAUGGAAGAUGAUAGUACCACAAUAAUCUCUUCGGACAGUCUAAAAAUUGACGCUUGCUCCAAACUAAUUCUAUCGGACGAAAUUCGCAAUUUUCAGCACGAAAAUAGCAUCCCUCAGUGUCUGCUUGAAAACUUUAAUAGACCAUCGAUGGCAGUGGUUUUGUGGCAACCGCGGAGUGAUGUCCAUCAGCUUGUCGAAAGAAAUGCAAGCCCAUGUGAAGAACAGUCUCGCAGCUUAGCAUCAGAAGCGCUAGAAGGAAACCCAACAAAUGACUUAGAGCUCAUUAAUGAAGAGGAAAGUAAUAACAAUGAGCCAAUUAAUAAUUUUAACUUGAACGAUCAGCACCAACCAGAUCUCGAAAUGGAUGAUGAUCUCUGAUUUUCUGUUAAUGAAGUGUGUGUUUUAUUUUGAUAAAAAAAAUGUUUUCGACAAACUUCGGUAUUCGUUGUUCGUUAUCAUUGACAACCGAUUAAACAUGAAAACAAUCA